CGCGACCCAUGGCGGCUCCAGAACGCCCUGCGCGGGAGACGCCCGCGGCCCCACGCCCGGGUGCUGUCCGCGCGCCCCGCAAGCCUCGGCUUUCAGGUUCUGUCCGGGGCGCCCGGAGUCCAGCUGCCGCCGCCCAAGGCUCCGGGCAGCCGCAGGGCUGUGGCGCCGCCGCCCGAACUCGUCCCGGGGGUGGAGACGGCGAUGCUGCCUCCGGGAAGCCAACACGGAGGAAAGCCCCGGCCGGGGCGUCUGUGAGGGAGGGCGGCCCGGAGGAAGCCGCUCCUGGCGCCGAGGCCCAGACAGACCAGCUGGCCCAGGAACUGGCCUGGUGCGUGGAGCAGCUGGAGUUGGGCCUCAGGAUGCAGAGACCAACCCCGAAGCAGAAGGAGCAAGCCAUUGGGGCCAUUCGAACCCUGCGCAGUGAAAAAGCCCCCCUGCCACGCAAGAGACAGCUGAUGCGCUCCUUGUUUGGGGACUACCGGGCUCGUAUGGAGGCAGAGAGGCAAGAGGCCCUGCGGGCACUUCGGACUGCUGCUCAUUCAGCCCAAGUACAGCCUGUCAGUGAGGCUACCAGAAAGAAGAGCGGAAGGGUCUGCAGGCCUCGCCCAGCAGGGAAAGCCAAGGCUACUCUGGACUCUUCUGAAGAAUUUAGGUUCAAUUUCUUUUAGACUGUCACCACAUUCUAGAACAGUCCUCCCCCACGUUAGAGUUUAAGUGCAGGGCCUUUCCAGAAAUUCUGUCAGCAUUGGCCUUGGAUUAUCUGUGACUGGCCUUUGGAUCUGAGUUUGGUGGGUAAGAUUGUCUGGUGAACAUAAAACCUCUUCUGUAGGUUUUUUGAUAAACUCUUUCUUGUUUGGCAAGAGAGAUUCAUUUAGAAAAUAUUUAAUAAAUGGAGGUGAGUGUUUAA